AUGCUCGACAAAUACACGUCCAAACCCAGCAGCGGCUUCGGCGCCGAUUUCGACAAGCAGCCCUUUGGAAAAAAGUCGUCCGGCUGGGGCUGUUGCCGCCACUCGUGCCACCGCUCAUUCGCCGACUCGCAGAAGAAGUUCGCCGCCGAGCUGAUCAGCAUCAUGCGCCAGGAGGAGAGCAAGGAGCGCAAGGAGCAGGAGCGCCAGAAUUCUGAGAAGCUGGGCAACUCUUCCUCCUCGCAACCAAAGAACCUCAUGAAGAAGAUCUCGACCAUCUUUAAGAUC